GAGCUGAUCCGCGAGAAGUACUACCCUACCUACUACAGAGCAGAGAUGGAGCAUCAGUUUCUGUCGCUCAAACAGGGUACUCGGACUGUAGACGAGUACGAAAGAGAGUUUACCAGACUUGCAGCUUUUGUUCCUGAUUUGGUUCGUACGGAGGCCCAGAGAGCACAACGCUUCAUUGACGGACUUUACCCAGCA